AUGGAGAGUGAGACCGUUAUCAGGGCCGGCAGUGCAGGGCCGGAGCAGGCAUGGGUGGGAGCGGGCCAGGGCUGGGUGCUUUUCGAACAGGGAGCGCGACGGACCAGCUUCUCCCAGGGAGAUAACUUUGUUCUGGGCCAGGAGAGGUCUUCUGCAGCAAGAAUGUGUCGACUCUUGAACAUCCUGUUGGCUUUGCUGAGCCGCUUCCUGUUUGCGGUCCACGGGGUGGUGACGGUGUGGCGUGUGGUGGCCGUUAAAGGGGAGCCACUCUAUUGGCUGUUGCUGACGGGCGUGGCUCUGCUGGGUGUGGAAAUGGCUGUCACUCUGAAGUGCACCCGUAACGCAGAGUGGAAAUGGUUCUCCCCCAUGGUUUUCCUCUACCUCAGCACUGUCAUUCCAUCCAUUUGGUUUCUGGAGCUGAGCCUGCUGCAGUCCAAGCUGCCCGUCAACAAUUCCUCAGGCCCAGAGCUUCAUUUGCUGGCUCAGAUCCCGAUCACAGCGGGCAUCGUGGAGCUGGAGCCGGAGAACUGGGUGGCUGGCCUGGAGCAAACCAUGCUCAUCGUGCUGGUUAUGGGUCGCUGGCUGAUGCCCAAGGGGGACAUGUCCCGGGACCAGCUAUCCCAGCUCCUCAUGGUUUACGUUGGACUGGGCGCUGACAUCCUGGACAUCUUCGACACCUUUAAGGAGCCUGAAGUCAAAACCAACCGGGCGGUCGUCAUUAUCGGCCUGGCCCUUUUUUCAUGGGCACUCAUGCAGUUUCCUCUGGUUCUCACUCAGACACAACCCCUGAAGGGUGAGUCUCUUCAGAAUAGCCAAGGUGGUCUCCUCUGCUGCACCAGAGCUCCACCCUCGUCCACAUCCUGCUGCUCUAGCGAAGUGUGGAGCUUGCUGCUUACAGUGGGACUCCAAGAUGGCCCGUUCCUGGUUUACCGGCUCUACCUCAUGGUUCAGGAGCAGGUGCUCAACCAGCUCAUGAUCUUCUUCACCUGCAAGAACAUUGUCAUAGUCCUGCUGGAGCUUUACCGAAUCUUUGUGGUGCAGUGUGAGCAGCGGGUGGAGGAGUGGGGUUUGGAGAGGUGCGCUGCUCUAGUCCCUAGGUGUGGAACCCAGCAGUGCGGGGAGGAGGAGAAGCAAGAGGAUGUAGGGAGGGAGGAGUGGUGUGGAGAGCAGAGCUGUCAUACAGACACAGAGGGGGGCACCGACAGGGAGGAAGAUCAGAAAGGUAUCCACGUCUAG